AUGCGUUCGUCAAAAACAGGCAUAAGCACAAGCACCGUUGUCAUUCCGUCUCCUACCCAAGCGAACAGCAUUUCCCGCAAUUGCAUCAAAUAUGCCGAGGCACUUAGCGGGGACUGCUGCAGCAAGUUUGCCACGGCGAACAAUAUCACGACUGCGGAGCUGUACGAGUGGAACACGGUGCUGGGGACGACUGCUGCGGACUGCGGUACUGAACUCCAGGCCAAUGUUUCCUACUGCGUGGGCGUCAACGGAGAACUGUCGAAUGGUUGA